ACACUCCAGCUUGAUCAACAGAGCUAGACCCUGUCUCAAAAACAAAAAAUAAAAACAAACAAGUGGGCAAGUGGCUGGCCCCAAGGCUCAAGGCCCCAGUGGCAGGCCCGGUCUGGCUUGGAGUGGAGUGGUAGUGACUCUCAGGCAGGCAGGGAGGAGGAAGUUGGGAGUCAACCUAAGACUAGGCUCACCAGAUUGCUGGGAAGGUUACCAAGGUGCUGUGUGGUAAGUAGUGAGAACAGCCCGAGUGUUUGUCUUUCACUCCUUCCCCUCAUGGGGGCUGCAAACUCACCCCAUGGCCUCUCUGUCCUUCCCUCAGGGCCCGAAGUUGCUCAGCCUGAGGUACGUACCACCCUGGGUCGUGUGUGAGGCCGGCAGGUGGGCGUGAAGGGCACAGACCGCCUUGUGAAUGUCAUCCUGGGCAUUCCGUUUGCCCAGCCACCACUGGGGCCUGACCGGUUCUCAGCCCCAUGCCCAGCACAGCCCUGGGAGGGUGUGCGGGACGCCAGCAGUGCGCCCCCUAUGUGAGUAGUGCUGGUGGAGGCGGGCAAACCGGCAGGUUACUAGGGGAAUCCUGCUACUGGGGCUUGUGGGAUUGAACAACUCGACCUCAGGCCCAUCCUUGGCCACAGGUGCCUACAAGACAUGGAGAGCAUGAACAACAGCAGAUUUAUCCUCAAUGGAAAACAGCAGAUCUUUUCUCUUUCAGAGGACUGCCUGGUCCUCAACAUCUAUAGCCCAGCUGAGGCUACCGCAGGGGCCAGUAGGCCGGUAGGCACCCCAGAGGGCCCUGUUCACCCGAUCCAGCUCCACUACUCCCACCUUUCCCCUCCCCGUCCCUGUUUCCAAAGCACCCUAGAGGUCCUGAGACUGCCCUGGGCUGGCAGGUGGGCAGCUGAGGUCUCAGGAUCUUGGGGGUCACUGCCCCAUGGCCACCUCUGCAGGUCAUGGUAUGGGUCCAUGGAGGCUCUCUGAUAACUGGCGCUGCCACCUCCUAUGAUGAAUCAGCCCUGGCUGCCUAUGGGGAUGUGGUCGUGGUUAUAGUCCAGUACCACCUUGGGGUCCUUGGCUUCUUCAGCACUGGAGGUGAGCAUGCACCUGGCAACCAGGCCUUUCUAGAUGUGGUAGCUGCUCUGCGCUGGGUGCAAGGGAACAUCACUCCCUUCGGGGGUGACCUCAACUGUGUCACCGUCUUUGGUGGAUCUGCUGGUGGAAGCAUUGUCUCUGGCCUGGUCCUGUCCCCAGUGGCUGCAGGGCUGUUCCACAGAGCCAUCACACAGAGUGGGGUCAUCACCAGCCAAGGGAUCAUCGAGUCUCACCCCUGGCCCCUAGCUCAGAAGGUUGCCCACCUGGCUGGAUACAACCAGAAUAGCACACAGAUCCUGGUAAACUGCCUGAGGGCACUUUCAGGGGCCAAGGUGAUGUGUGUGUCCAACAAGAUGAGAUUCCUCCAACUGAACUUCCAGGGAGACCCUGAAGAGAUUAUCUGGUCCAUGAGCCCUGUGGAGCAUGGUGUGGUGAUCCCAGAUGACUCUCUGGUGCUCCUGACCCAGGGGCAGGUUUCAUCUGUGCCCUACCUUCUAGGUGUCAACAACCUGGAGUUCAACUGGCUCUUGCCUUAUAUCAUGAAGUUCCCGCUAAACCGGCAGGCGAUGAGAAAGGAAACCAUCACUAAGAUGCUCUGGAGUACCCGCAGCCUGUUGAAUAUCACCAAGGAGCAGGUACCACUUGUGGUGGAGGAGUACCUGGACAAUGUCAAUGAGCAUAACUGGAAGAUGCUACGAAACUGUAUGAUGGACAUAGUUCAAGAUGCCACUUUCGUGUACGCCAUGCUGCAGACUGUUCACUACCACUGAGAUGCCGGACUCCCUGUCUACCUGUAUGAAUUUGAGCACCACGCUCGCGGAAUAAUUGUCAAACCCCGCACUGAUUGGGCAGACCAUGGGGAUGAGAUGUACUUCCUCUUCAGGGGCCCCUUCGCCACAGGACUUUCCACAGGUAAGGAGAAGGCACUUAGCCUCCGGAUGAUGAAAUACUGGGCCAACUUUGCCUGCACAGGAAAUCCCAAUGAUGGAAAUCUGCCCUGCUGGACACGCUACAACAAGGAUGAAAAGUACCUGCAGCUGGAUUUUACCAUAAGCGUGGGCAUGAAGCUCAAGGAGAAGAAGAUGGCUUUUUGCGUGAGUCUGUACCAGUCUCAGAGACCUGAGAAGCAGAGGCAAUUCUAAGGGUGGCUAUGCAGGAAGGAGCCAAAGAGGGGUUUGCCCCACCACCCAGGCCCUGGGGAGACUGGCCAUGGACAUACCUGGGGACGAGAGUUCUACCCACCCCAAUUUAGAACUGCAGGAGCUCCCUGCUGCCUCCAGGCCAGAGCUAGAGCUUUUGCCUGUUGUGUGGGACCUGCACUGCCCUCUCCAGCCUGACAUCCCAUGAUGCCCCCUACCUCAAUGUUGACAUCCAGUUAGGCCAGGCCCUGUCAACACCAUACUGUGCCCAGCUCUCCAGCCUCAGGACAACCUCUCUUUUUCCCUUCUUCAAAUCCUCCCACCCUUCAAUGUCUCCUUGUGGCUCCUUCUUAUGGGAGGUCGACCCAGACUGCCACUGCCCCUGUCACUGCACCCAGCUUGGCAUUUACCAUCCAUCCUGCUCAACCUUGUGCCCAUCUGUUCACAUUGGCCUGGAGGCCUAGGGCAGGUUGUGACAUGGAGCAAACUUUUGGUAUUUGGGAUCUUCUCUCCCACCCGCACUUAUCUCCCCCAGGGCCACUCCAAAGUCUAUCCACAGGGAUGUUCUCAAUAAAGAAGUGUUGAUUUGACCUGAAUUUCUCCACCUAUAAAA